AAUGCCAAUAUUCCAAAUGGUAGCACAAAUAAUAGUAGUGGUGAGAAUUUUGUACUAAGGGAAUUAAUUGGUAGAUUAGGUAGUAUUUGCAAUUCAAGAGAAAUGUCACCAAAUUCCAAUAUGAUUAAUAGUAGUACUAACAAUUCUUGUUAUAGUACUCCAUUAAAUUCUCCACCAAAAUUAAAUCUUUCUAUGAGGGGGAAUUUGUCACAUAAUCAAUUGCCACAAUUCAGUGCUGAUCCUGGAUUUGCAGAAAGAGCAGCAAGAUUUUCUUGUUUUGCUAAUAAAACUUUCAAGAGUUUUAAUGAAGCUGAAUUGUUGCAACACAAUAGACUAAUUGUAGCACAGCCAAAUUUGGAAAGUGGGAAACUUUCAAGAGUUUCAAGCAAUCAGUCUAUUAAAGUCUCAUCUGGAUCUCAAAUUCAAGAAUUCAAAGAUGUGAAUUUAGUUCCAAAAAACUCUGAAUUGGGAGAUUCAAGGGAAAAUUCUUCAGUUUCUGAGCAGAUCCCAGUUGGUGAAAAUGAUACCAAUUCAAGAAAAAGGAAAUCAAUUUCCAAGGGAAAAUCCAAGAAUGCUAAU